AUGCAAGCUUUGAGUGUCUGGCCGUCAAAAUCUAGCUUAUGGACGCUUCCCCAGGUCGAAUCGGACUUAGCUUCGUGCCUUUACAGCUGUAGAAGGAAGAAAGUUGGCUUUUUUGCUGUUUCUUUGUUUCAUAAUUCAAUUUAUUAUGGUCAUUUCCUAGUUUCUGCUGGUUCAAGGUAUGGUAGAAGUAGUAAUGGGUUUACGUGUAGAUACCCUAAGCUACGAUUUCACAUUGUUGCUGAGAAAAAGAAAGAUUGUGCUUGUUCAUCUGUUGCAUCAGCAUGGGAAUUGGAUGAAGAAGAGACGCAGAGUCUUGUUCGUAGUAGUACUCAAUCCAACACAGAGAACGAGAACAUCGAUGGAGAAUCUCAUGAAUUUGAUAGGGUAGAUGCCACUAAUGGGAUCAGUGAUCCGGAAGGGAAGAUCGAUGUUCGAGAGCUGGCCAAGAGCUUACAUGCUGUUGAAACAGCAGAUGAUGUAGAGGAGGUUCUUAAAGACAUGGGGAUAUUCCCAAUUCGAGUGUAUUCCUCGUUGAUCAGGGGUUUCGGUUGGGACAAGAAGAUGAAGCCAGCAUUGGCAGUUGUGGAUUGGCUCAGGAGAAAGAAGGUAGAAACUGCUGGUGCUUUUAUUGGUCCAAACCUCUUUGUCUACAACAGCCUGUUGACAGUUGUAAAAGACUGCGAACAGUAUCAAGAAGCCGAGAAAGUAGUGAAUGACAUGGCUCGUGAAGGGAUCCAUCCCAACGUCGUGACUUACAACAUCUUGAUGAUGAUCCAUGUCGAGCAGGAACAACCCUCCAAGGCUCUCAGUAUCUUCGAACAGAUUUGCCAGAACGGCUUUACACCAUCUGCUGCUUCCUAUUCGAUUGCCUUGAUGGCUUACCGAAGGAUGGAAGAUGGAGAUGGAGCAUUGAAGUUCUUUGUAGAGUUCAAGGAGAAGUAUGUAAAAGGGGAGCUGGGGAGAGAUAAUGGUGAUGAUGAGGAUUGGGAGAAGGAGUUUGCUAAACUCGAGGACUUCACGAUCAGGAUUUGCUAUCAGGUGAUGAGAAGAUGGCUCGCAAGGCUUCAAGACAUGAGCACGAAAGUGUUCAAGCUUUUAACAAGUAUGGAUAAUGCAGGUCUUCAAACGAGUCGAGCAGAAUAUGAACGACUCAUCUGGGCUUGCACGCGCGAAGAUCAUUAUCGUGUUGCCAAAGAGUUGUACACUCGAGUCAGAGAAAGAUACCCUGAAAUAAGCUUGUCUGUCUGCAACCACUUAAUUUGGUUGAUGGGAAAGGCGAAGAAAUGGUGGGCAGCUUUAGAAAUCUAUGAAGACUUGCUAGACAAGGGACCAAGCCCUAAUAACUUAUCGUCCGAGCUAAUCAUCUCUCAUUUCAAUGUCUUACUGGCCGCUGCUAGCAAACGAGGAAUUUGGAGGUGGGGAGUUAGAUUACUUAACAAGAUGCAGGAUAAAGGACUUAAACCCGAGAGCAGGCAGUGGAAUGCAGUUCUCGUGGCUUGCUCAAAAGCUGCUGAAACUUCUGCAGCUGUGGAGAUAUUCAAGAGAAUGGUCGAGCAAGGCGAGAAGCCAACGAUUAUCUCCUACGGUGCACUCCUCAGCGGACUCGAGAAGGCCGGACUCUACGAGGAGGCCUUUCGUGUAUGGAACCACAUGCUGAAAAUGGAAGUCCAACCCAACUUGUAUGCAUACACCAUCAUGGCCUCUGUGCUAACCGGGCAAGGCAAGUUCAGGCUCGUCGACUCCAUAAUCAAAGAGAUGGCUGAUGUGGGCAUUCCACCGACAGUUGUCACGUACAACGCCAUCAUCAGUGGGUGUGCGCGUCGUGGGUUGAGCAGUGCAGCAUACGAGUGGUUUCAUCGCAUGGAGAGGCAGCAGGACGUGGAGCCAAACGAGAUCAGUUACCAGAUGCUGAUUGAAGCUCUGGUGAGAGAUGGGAAGCCGAGGCUUGCCUACGAGGCUUACUUGCGUGCUCAGAAUGAUGGCCUUGUGCUUUCGUCGAAGGCCUAUGAUGCUGUUGUGGAUGCUUCUCGGGCUUCAGGUGCUACCAUUGAUGUGAGCUUGCUGGGAGACCGGCCACCGGAGAGAAAGAAAGGAGGAGGUGGAGUGAGGAUUAGGAAGACUCUGACCGAGUUUACGAAGUUUGCUGAUGUUCCCAGGAGAAGUCAACCGUUUGACAAGAGGGAAAUCUACUAUAGACAAGGAAGGGAAAGCUAA